AUGAGUCUCCGCCACCGUCACCCUCAGCCGCCGGCUGCCGGCGCUCCGGGCCGGGACGAUGAGCCUUUCAACAUCAUUCCCUUGCACAACCUCCUCACGGACCACCCGUCGCUCCGCUUCCCAGAGGUCCGCGCGGCGGUGGCGGCUAUGCGGGCAGUCGGGGACCUCCGACGACCUCCUUUCGGGCAAUGGCAGCAGAACAUGGACCUCCUCGACUGGCUUGCGCUCUUUUUUGGAUUCCAGCGUGACAACGUUCGGAACCAGCGUGAGCAUUUGGUUCUCCAUCUCGCGAACGCUCAGAUGCGCCUCACGCCGCCGCCGGACAACAUCGACACGCUCGACGCCGGCGUGCUCCGGCGGUUCCGCAAGAAGUUGUUGAAAAACUACGGGGCGUGGUGCUCCUACCUCGGGAAGAAGUCCAACAUCUGGAUCUCCGACAACCGGCGUGGAGGCGCAGGGGACGACCUUCGACGUGAGCUGCUCUACGUGUCUCUGUACCUCUUGAUCUGGGGAGAGGCUGCAAAUCUUCGCUUCAUGCCGGAGUGCAUCUGCUAUAUCUUCCACAACAUGGCGAACGAGUUGAACAGAAUUUUGGAAGAUUAUAUCGACGAGAACACUGGGCAGCCGGUUAUGCCCUCGAUUUCCGGUGAGAACGCGUUUUUGAACAUGGUUGUGAAGCCUAUUUAUGAGACUGUUAAGCGUGAGGUUGAUAGAAGUAGGAAUGGUACUGCUCCUCAUAGUGCUUGGAGGAACUAUGAUGAUAUUAAUGAAUAUUUUUGGAGUAGGAGGUGUUUUGAGAAGCUGAAGUGGCCUCUUGAUGUUGGGAGUAACUUCUUUGUUACUGCUGGUGGUGGUGGGAAGCAUGUGGGGAAGACUGGGUUUGUGGAGCAGAGGUCGUUUUGGAAUUUGCUUAGGAGUUUUGAUAGGCUUUGGGUGAUGUUGAUAUUAUUUCUUCAGGCUGCUAUUAUUGUGGCUUGGGAAGAGAGGAAGUUCCCUUGGCAGGCUUUGGAGGAUAGGACUGUGCAGGUCAGGGUUUUGACUAUAUUUUUCACUUGGAGUGGUUUGAGGUUUGUGCAGAGUUUGCUUGAUGUGGGGAUGCAGUAUAGGUUGGUGUCUCGGGAGACAAUUGGGCUUGGAGUGAGGAUGGUGCUGAAGUGUGUUGUGGCUGCUGCCUGGAUUGUUGUGUUUGGUGUGUUUUAUGCCAGGAUUUGGACGCAGAGGAACCAGGAUAGGCGGUGGUCACCAGCAGCGAAUGAUCGGGUGGUGAACUUUCUGGAGGUUGUGGUUGUUUUCCUUAUUCCGGAGCUUCUAGCUGUGGCUCUUUUUGUGCUUCCUUGGAUUAGGAAUUUUGUGGAGAAAACAAAUUGGAAGAUUUUCUACAUGUUGUCAUGGUGGUUUCAGAGCAGGAGCUUUGUGGGACGUGGUUUGAGGGAAGGUCUUGUGGACAAUGUGAAGUAUUCAGUUUUCUGGGUUGUGGUGCUGGCCACGAAAUUUUGCUUCAGUUACUUUUUGCAGGUGAAACCCAUGAUUGCUCCGUCAAAGGCAGUGUUGGACCUGAAAAAUGUUAGCUAA